GCCUACUUUAAGCCCAUUUAACAGAUGCAUGUAACAACGUGUAAAGGAAACUGUAAUAAGAUAUUUGGGUUUGGGAGAGCAAACACGAGUUUAUCACAAAUGAAGAUACUUAUUGCAUUUUCAUUACUUAUGUUAACUAUAGAGCAAACGUCUAGCAAACACUGUGUAUGGUACGAGAGAAUCGGGUACUACGACAGAUUUCAUGGACGAGUUAUCUACGAUGUCUAUAAGACUACGAAAGAGUGUAUCAAGGGAUACACGUGCUGCUCCCCCGGGGCCAAGUACUGCUGUCAAGAGUAUGAGGUGGACGACUCCAUUGUAACCACGGCCGACGCAGAGGAUGACGGGAAACAAACGAUGGGAUUUAUAAUUGGAGCCACGCUUGGUGUUGCUGCAUUGCUCUUCAUGUGUAGCAUGUUCGGAAGAAAACUAUUCAAAAGAGGCCAAGCCUCUAGCCAAAGCAAUGAGAAUUCAGAAAGUGACCAAGGCCUCAUCGCCAGCAGUGAUAAAGAACAAGGCAGCAUUGUUGUGCAGUCGUCGACAUCACUAUCUCCAGCAUCGUCACCCUCAGAAGACGAAGACGACGAUUCGGACAUCAGCAGCCAGAAGUCCUUGCUUCAUUUACAUGACGACACGAAGACAUUUCUGAGCCUGCUUCACGCCAGGCGCCAUUAUCCUUCAGAGCCUCCACCUUCCUACAACUAUGUGAUGAACAACAAAGAGAAGUAUCCACUUCGACACAACAUGCUCGAGUAACUCUCUGAUCAGGAGAUUAUCAACAAACUAACAUUCUGAUUUCCAAAUAAAUCUAAGUUAACGUGAUUCAUAUUUAAAUGGAAUUUGUUAAAUUUUGUUAAAAAUAAAACAGAGUUUUAGUAAAAUCAAUUGAUGUUGUCAGUUUAAAAAAGAUAUUCAAUUUCUAUAUAAAUGUAC